AACUUGUGAAGAAAAAGAGUUGGACAUUGCAAAUCUGCAGUUCUGUGAGGUGCAACACCCAAUUCCAGUGGAAGAGGACGUGCUAUUGAACAUUUAGCCUCCAUGAUGAAGGAAGAUGGUCUUCAAAUAGCAGCUUUGGCUGAUCCAGACUGUUCGACGAGAUGAGACCAGCUGGAUGAGCUGUACAAUGGCAGGAGAGGCCGGCUGUGGGGCAGGAUUACACCUCUCUCUCUGUCCUCUUCCCACUCCACCACCACCCCUCCUCAUCCAUCCCCUCUCCACCCUCAGCUCUACUCCUUCCUGCUGAGUGGAUUUUUUCGGGGCUGUGCACAUAGCGCACCCCCCAUCCACCCCUCACCCCCCCCUCUCUUGCCUCUCGGACAGCUUUGCUCCACCAGUUUUCGCUCGGUGCCGGCCUGGAGAGAGGAGUAAGGGAGCGGAAAGAGGAGAGAGAAGAGAGGAUUUGGUGAACCGAGGAGAGACAGACAGGGGAGAGGGACGAUGGCUGCUCUCUCUGCCUUGCUGAAGACCUGGGUGAUACUGCAGACCUUGUGCCUGGCUCUGGCCCAAGUGAGGGGUCCACCUGGACCUCAGGGCCAGGCCGGCCCAGCAGGCCCAUCUGGCACCCCUGGAUCAGAUGGCAUUGAUGGAGAAAAAGGACCACCUGGGCCCCCUGGUUCACCAGGACUAAAGGGAGAGCCGGGAGAUUCAGGUCCCGAUGGAGCAGCAGGAGAGAACGGCAUUGAUGGUUUGAUCGGAGCAAAGGGUGAUCGAGGUCCUAUUGGGAGCCCUGGGCCGAAGGGUCAAUCUGGACCAACUGGAGAACCUGGACCUCCUGGACCCGGCCUUCCAGGACUGGCUGGCGCUGCAGGGCCAAUUGGUCUUCCAGGUGAAAUUGGAACAUCUGGACCAAAGGGUAUCAUGGGAUCAGCUGGACCUUCAGGACUUCCUGGACCUCCUGGCAAGCCAGGUCCUCCGGGGAAGUUUAUUGGUGGAGAAGAGGGAAGUGCAGACUUCCAGUGUCCUCUUAACUGUCCAGCAGGACCUAAAGGCCCCCAGGGACUGCAGGGAGUCAAGGGACACAAAGGACGUGCCGGAGUUCUCGGAGAGCCUGGCUUCAUAGGAAAAUCGGGUCCCAUGGGAGAGGUGGGCUUCUCUGGUGAACAGGGCAUCCCAGGACCUCCGGGUCCGAUGGGUCUGAGAGGUUAUCCAGGAAUGAUGGGUCCUAAAGGGGAAGCAGGGCCUCGUGGUUACAAGGGCAUCAACGGACCUGUAGGAAUACCUGGGCCUCCUGGUGAGGAGGGACCCAAGGGACCACCGGGAGAGGCAGGAGACAAGGGAGACAAAGGCAGCCGAGGUAUCCAGGGCCCACAGGGCGCGGUUGGCAAAAAGGGAGAGAAUGGUCUGCCGGGUAUUGAUGGAAAAGAUGGCACACCUGGUGUUCCUGGAAUCAAGGGCGGCCCUGGCCAGUCCGGGAUGCCUGGUCCUCCUGGUCCUCAGGGAGCAGCGGGAUUGCCUGGCAGCCCAGGGUCAAAAGGUGGAGCUGGAGUUAAGGGCGAGCCUGGACCUCGGGGUCAUGCUGGCAUGUCUGGUGCCUCUGGACCUCUGGGCGAGCCUGGUCUUCCUGGUGAGGCUGGUAUGGAAGGAGUUCCUGGACCCAAGGGUGACAGAGGCCAGCGGGGAGCAGUUGGGCCUCUGGGAGUGGUCGGCAAACCUGGAGGCAAAGGAGAGAGAGGACCAAUCGGUAUCCCAGGCGCCCAGGGUCUUAGUGGAACCAAGGGAGACAAGGGCUUCCAAGGAAAAGUCGGGUCAAAGGGAGACGAUGGUGACCCCGGUGUUGAGGGAUUGGCUGGCGAGAAAGGUGAAAAGGGUUUGUCUGGUGAACCCGGCCCCAAAGGACAGCAAGGAAUUCAGGGUGACUCGGGACACAACGGACCCACUGGAGACCCUGGUAAACCCGGAGACCAGGGACCAUCAGGACUGCCAGGUCCUAGGGGACUCAAUGGAGAGCGAGGAGUACCUGGCAUGCCAGGCAUUCAGGGAUCAGAAGGACGCGAUGCAUCUGACCAGCAUAUUAUUGAAGUGGUGUUGAAGAUGUUGCAGGAGAGGCUGGCUGCGGUGGCGGUGAGCGCCAAGAGGGCUGUGCUCGGUGGAGCGGGUGUAAUGGGACCUCCCGGGCCCCCUGGACCUCCGGGGUCAGCUGGUCCUCAGGGUCCACAUGGUUUACCUGGUGCCCGUGGUAUUCCUGGCAUGAUAGGAGGACAUGGACAGAUUGGAAACACAGGACUUAAAGGAAAGAGAGGGGCAAAGGGAGAUAGAGGAGAUCCUGGUAAACCUCAUCCAGGAGCACCGGGACCCCCAGGAAUACAAGGUCCUCCUGGUGUUGAUGGCGCGGCUCGGGACGGUAGGCACGGCGAGAGAGGACCUCAGGGAUCAGCCGGAGAGGCCGGUCGUCCCGGUAAGGCGGGUUCGGCAGGUCUUCCGGGCUAUUGCGAGGCGGCGAUGUGCUUGGCUGCGUCGGCGUACACCUCCCCGAGACUACAGGAGGCGGGAUCAAUCAAAGGACCCAAUAUUUAGAGACCUGCCUCUCCAUCAGCAGCUCACAAACACCUGGGAGAGAGAGAAAGAAGGAGAGACACACCACUCUUCUAAGUAAGGACAACAACGAGAACAAAGGUUAGGGGACAAUAAUAGUGACUGGUGUAGCGCCACCCUCCUGAAACUGACAACCUGAUGUUUUGACUGGUGGGACAUACUCUGAUCUUAAUCCCCCAAAUCACCAUGACAACAGCGGCUCACAGCCACCCACAUCUUUCUGAAUUCUCUAGUGUUUUUUUGGAUGAUGUCAGUGUCAGUCCCAUCCAAAUAUCCCAGCAGUGAAAGAGGAACAAAUUUAUAUUGCAUCUCCUUGUCUCCCACCAACACAGUAACUAUGAGCUGAGAACUAAGCCUGGUGAAAGGUGCUUUUUCUGUUACGGCGUGGUCACUUUAAAUAGUUUUACAUAUGCAAUAUUUCAUUUGAGACGUGUUUUUUAAGUUUAAACGCCCUGCCCCUCUUUGCAACAUCACACCCGCUGCCUUAAAAGUGUACAAAAAGGACCAAUAAAUGAUUGAAAUUGACACUCCGUACUGUACUGUAUUGUAAAAUGUAGUAUCUUAUCUGUAAGCUUUAGUGAAAACCCUGAUUUACCUCGUGUACAUUGCCCUCCCCUCCCCUCCCAAUCCCCGCUUUCUUCCCAAAGUCUCAUUUUAGAAACUAACGACUAGCUUGAUCUCGUCCUCUUGUUGCCUGGCAACAGCAUAUCCCGAUGGGCACUCCCAUCUCCCACAAUGCAGUGCUGUAAAUCUUUGUAAAUGUGUGUUGAUUAUUAUGUAGAGAAAAAGGAAUGGGUUACGAUAUGCACCAACAAAAAAUACUGUGUUAAUAAAUUCAGUGAGUAAUAAAAAAGUUUCGACAGAAAUAACUUUUCUCAAGACGAAUGAGAACCGAAUGUGCUUCCUAUGCCACUGUCAACUUUCCACAGGGUGUCAGCUAUUUAAUGACCGAUUUAUUGUCAUCAAUAAAAGCUAUUUAUUGUUCUUUAUAUAAUCAUCUGUAAAGAGGGUUUUGCUGUUCAGGUCAACCCAAACCAAUAAAGAAGAACCUUUUAUAAAA